UAAUAUCAAAUGCACAUUAUUAAAUAUUUAUAAAAGUAUACAGUUUUGCUAUUGUCCACUGAAAAUCGUGAGCUUAUUAUUUUGCAUUCGUAUUCUUUGAAAUCACGAGAUAAAACAUCGAGAAUACCGAGGUACAAUCUUUCAUGAUCUGCACAUCACUGCACAUGCGCGCAUAGACAAAGACAGCAGGGGCCCAUAUGCAGCGUUCUCUUUCUAUUCCUCUAUCGCCUUUUCAGCUCGCUUGCGCACUCUAUUCUUAUAUCUCUAUGGUAGAAAUAGUUAACUCGAGAGUUGACUCAAGCGUGUUUCUGAACGCCACAAAUGGGUCAACUCGGCAUUUCUGAACGCCUCGAGUUAACUAGAGUUAACUCGAGUAAGGUUUCAGAACGCAGGCCUGGGGGUCUAUUACGGUUCUCGGAUUGGGUGAAAAUGACAGAAGUGAGCAGCUCACCCAAUCACGGUUGUUUUCACCUCGUGAAAGUGCGAACUGAUUCACGUGAGCAGACUCGACACAAAAUUUUGCGUGAAAAAGUGAAAGUGAGUGAAGCGUAUUGACUGUUCAACGGCCUGGCUCGCUAAAAAUGGAUAAUUUAUUGGUUAUACUGUUUAUGCGCAAUCGAAAUAAUACAAUGUUAAGAAUACGACGUGGAUUACGAGAUGUUUCGGAUCCAUUUGCGAUCCCAGAAAACGAAUUUCGGAGUCUUUACAGAUUAUCCAGGGAAGCUGUACAAAUUCUCAUCGAUGACCUUCGUCCCUUACUGCCUGCCCCGAGAAGACGUCAUGCAACUCCUGUUCAAUUACAAGUACGAAACAUAUGUUGUUUUAAGCGCAUUGAAUUUUAUAGCAUCUGGAUCUUACCAAAAGCGAGUCGGCCAAGACUAUUUGUCUUGCAUGAGUCAACCUACUAUUUCCAAAAUUCUUCGCAAAGUCGUCAAUGCAUUAAAUAUAUUGAUGGAACAGUGGAUCAAGUUUCCUAUUGAAGAAAAUGAAAUUCAACGGGUUAAAGAAACUUACUGGACACGUACACAAUUUCCGGGCAUUAUCGGAGCUAUAGAUGGAACUCAUGUAGCAAUCGUUUCACCAAAUGUAGAAAGGGAGCAUUUAUAUAUCAACCGCAAAUUGUAUCACUCCUUAAAUGUACUUCUUAACGCACGACGCAAGAGCUUGGAGGGCAUCUCACGUAUCCAAUCAUCUGGAAGAGAUGUAUGCUACAAGGCGAAAAGAUGCCUGGCUUUUAGGAGAUAGUGCAUAUCCUCUACUACCAUAUCUGAUGACACCUAAGCUACAUGAACCAGAGGGAACGCCGUCUGCAAGGUACACUCAACAU